UGAUUAAAUUUGGGAAGCGCAGGCAAAGAAAAAAGGCCUUCGUUUGCAGAAAGAAAAGUAGAGAUGGCAACGGCUCUGAGGAACAUUGGCAGAAGAGUGGGUCUGCCCCUCUGUAGGAUGAGACCGUUUUCGACUGCUACUUGCGAUGUUGAGAAUCAACAGAGCGCCAAAUCCAUCAACCUUUACUCUGCCAUCAACCAAGCCCUUCAUAUUGCGCUUGAAACUGAUCCUCGCGCAUUUGUUUUUGGAGAAGAUGUCAGCUUUGGUGGAGUUUUCCGUUGCACAACGGGACUCGCUGACCGAUUUGGUAAAAGUAGGGUGUUCAAUACCCCUCUUUGUGAACAGGGCAUAGUCGGAUUUGGCAUUGGCCUAGCUGCAAUGGGUAAUCGAGCCAUAGCAGAAAUUCAGUUUGCAGAUUACAUUUUCCCUGCUUUUGAUCAGAUUGUAAAUGAAGCUGCAAAGUUCAGAUACCGGAGUGGGAAUCAAUUUAAUUGUGGAGGUUUGACCAUUAGAGCCCCGUAUGGUGCCGUUGGUCAUGGUGGACAUUACCACUCACAAUCACCUGAAGCUUUCUUUUGCCAUGUACCUGGUAUCAAAGUGGUCAUUCCUCGCAGCCCACAGCAAGCAAAAGGAUUACUGUUGUCAUGCAUUCGUGAUCCGAACCCUGUUGUAUUUUUUGAGCCAAAGUGGCUUUACCGUUUGGCAGUGGAAGAGGUUCCUGAGCAUGAUUAUAUGUUGCCUUUAUCCAAAGCAGAGGUAAUUCGAGAAGGAAGUGACAUCACCCUAGUCGGGUGGGGAGCACAACUCUCCAUCAUGGAACAAGCCUGUAUUGAUGCAGAAAAGGAUGGAAUUUCUUGUGAGCUUAUAGAUCUGAAAACUCUAAUACCCUGGGACAAAGAAACGGUUGAAGCCUCGGUCAGAAAAACUGGAAGACUUCUUGUUAGUCAUGAAGCUCCAGUUACCGGAGGUUUUGGUGCUGAGAUCUCAGCUUCCAUUGUUGAACGUUGCUUCUUAAGGUUGGAAGCUCCUGUAGCGAGAGUGUGUGGCCUCGACACCCCAUUCCCUCUUGUUUUUGAACCCUUCUACAUGCCAACAAAGAACAAGAUAUUGGACGCCAUCAAAGCGACUGUCAAUUACUAGGAACUCCUACAUGUCCCAUACAUGCAUGUUCAAAAAGAUGAAGACCUUGUCUUAUUGGAUAGGAGUGUUAACAUAAGGAAAGAUGUACAUCAAUAUCUCAACUCAUAUUUUUUAGAGUAUAAUAAUAAUAAUAAUAACAAUUGUAUAGAAUACGAUUCUUCUUGAACCUUCGUCUACCAGAGGAUCCAGGUCAGUCCUUUCUUUCGCUUUGAUUUCUUAAUUCUAAGUAAGCUAUCACGUUUCAUCUGACACCUUGUGGACUCCAAUUAUAGUUCUUUCAUUUUUCUUUUAUUUGAAGAAUGGAGAAGUUAAACACA